AUGGAGAUUUCUCUCUCUCUGGUGACAACCCAUGAUAUCCCUGAUCUUGUCCGGGUACACACGGCGGCAUUCGAAACGGAUCAAUUUUCGAAUUUCAUGCUCUAUGGUCGCGAAGAAAACGCGCAUCAGAACGUUAUGCAAAAAUCAAUCGAAAUCUGGCUCUCUGAUCCGACAUCGAAGCUAGUGAAAGCAGUAGCUGGUGAUGGAACAAUAGUCGGGUGGGCGUGCUGGUUGACUAAGGAUAAAGACGACCAAGACAGAAGUAAGGCAUUGCUAAAGUCAAGAAGUCUCGACACGCCUAAUAAUGGAGAAUCUUCCCCUAUGAACCAGCCAGCGCGACCAAGAAGGCCAGCUCAGAUCCUCAGUUGCCUGAUGCGCGGCGAUUCUAUGAGAUGGGAAGAAAACUCGAUGAAAGGCAGAAAAUACCUUGUGCUCCAAGCAUUAGCAACAAGUCCAAGCUUCCAAUGUCGAGGAAUAGGGUCCCAGCUCAUCCAAUGGGGCAUCGAUAUAGCUGAUGCAGAGAAGCUUCCAUGCUGGGUUCACGCAUCGCCUGCCGGUCACAAUCUAUAUAAGAAGGCUGGAUUUCAAGAAAUAGGUAGCAGCGAGUAUGACCUUGAAAGUAUUUCUAGUGAAGGACGCUGGGGCCGGUAUACGUUUCGUUACAUGCAGCGUUCAGCCUUGGAUAACAGGUGA